CCCGCAGCAGCCCCUGCUCGGCCGGGCCUGGACAAACAGAAGGGAUCGCAGGGAAGCGCGAUGCCGCCGGCCAUUCCAGGGGGGUGUUGGGAUUAUUUUCGCCUUCCCGUUUCCCCGCCCGCAGCGCGGUGCCGAGCGGCGCCGCGCCGGGGCGGAAGUGUCGGGGCCGAGGCCGGCGGUGAGGAGGGUGCUGAAGAUGGCAGGCGGCUCCACUCCUUGGAUUGGCAGCGCUUAUCUCUUCCUUCAAUCAACCUGCAAGACCAUCGCUCUGCCAGCCCUCUACGAGAGCUCCCAGAAGAAGCCUUGUGUGUUCAAGGCCCUGAAGCUGGCAUUAGCAGACUCCACCGGCAGCGUGAACGGCGUGGACAUGCUCAAGGUGCACUGCAGCCACCCGCACCUGAUAGUGCAGCUCAGGUUCUGCAGGCGGGAGAACUGCCGCCGCUUCCUGCGGAGCUACCGGGACGGAGCGCUCCAGAAAUCCCUGCAGAGCCACCUCCAGCUCUCCUUGGCCACCACCACGGUGCCUCUCGAGGUGGAGCUGAAGGCUGGCAGUGAGCACCUUGACAAGAUGCUGAAGGAUGAGGAUCAUUGCCUGGAGUGCAUCUACAGAGAAAAGCCUGACCGCCUGCCAGAUGAGGAGAUCACUGAGCUGGAGAAAGACCUCAAGAGCCUGAUGCUUCACCAGAGCACCAACAACAAUGUGGCUGGAAAAGACUGCUCCUCUCUGAAGACCCUGUCUUGGCCUUAUCCUCCUCAAGGCAGCUCCCUUCCCACACAGCUCACCUUCGUCUUUCAGGGACAACAGUUUGACAACAGAACAAUCACCCCAGACGACCACCAGAAGUUUGCCAAGUCUGUGUCCAAGAAGUGGAAGCAAGUGGGCCGCUCCCUGCAGAGGUCGUGCCGGGCCCUGCGGGACCCUGCCAUUGACAACCUGGCGCUGGAGUACGAGCGGGAGGGGCUCUAUGAGCAGGCCUACCAGCUGCUGCUCAGGUUCAUCCAGUCCGAGGGCAAGCGGGCCACCAUAGCGCGGCUGAUCGCAGCCCUGGAGGAGAACGGCCUCGUCAGCCUGGCUGAGGAGCUCCUGGGCCUCCCUUCCAGUGAGGACUGCUCCUAGAGCCCACAGGACAGUGCCAUUGCUAAGGGCUUUCUGCUUCAGCUGCUGUAGGAAACGGCUGCCGGUGUCUGGGAAUGCAAAGUCCUGAAUAUCACCCCAGGUUUCCAUCCAGGUGGAAAUGCUCAGGGGAGAGGUUCUGAGUCUGCAGAAGCCAGCAUGGACCUCUGACUUGGCUUAUUUCAUUGUGUUUCCAGAAAUAGAGCACUACCUUCCUGUGAACUGGUGAGAGGCUUUCACCCUGACUUCCUUCAGGGCUGUGACAGGGAGGCAGCCAGAGAGCCCUAGGGGAGAAUGAGGGAGAGGAGAAAAGCAAGCAAGGCUUCUCACAGAAUUUCUCUGGGAAGCAGACAAUGCCACUGCUUCUCCGGCUGUGUCCAGGGCCAUCACCUGGAGAGCUGCAAUAUAUUUUUAUAUUGAAAACAUUUUUGCCCUCAGCCAUGACAUCAAGUAAAGACAAAGGGCAAAGUGUCAAUUUUCCAUUAUUUUCCUUCUUUGAAGAACGAAGAACAUCCAUAAAGAGUAUCUGUUCUGCCCUGCUCUAUUAUAUCUCCUUCCCACCUCUCACCACCUGAAGGCUUUCCUUCUAGCUGGGACAGCCAUAAUCUUCCACAAGGCAAAAGAUUGCUGCUGUACAACAAAUGACAGGCACUGAACAAACAAUAUAGACAAACUCAAAUUCAGACAAUGAUUGUCAACAUUUUCUCAUCUGUGGUAGACAGUAAUAUGUUAAUUAGCUCUUGCCUGCCAGCCUGAGGGAGCCUGCAGCUGUGGAAAGUAAAGCACAAUGCUGGAAGGAAAAGAGUCACCUCAUCAGCAAGUUACCUGUGGAGCAUGGAUUGGAACUCUGCCCUCAGGUGCAUUGCAGCAUCAAAUGCCAUCCUCAGACCACAGAGCUGAGCAAUCACCAGAGCCAGCUGGCUGCUCGUGCCUUCACUCAAUCCAAACCACCCACCCUGAGCCCCCCCGGAGGGGCCAGCUCACCCUGCUGUGUCCCACAGGUGUCAGGAUCCACAGAGAGCCUUUCCCUGGCACCACUGUCACUGUGUGACAAUCAUCAGCUGCCACCGUGCCUGGAUUUACCUGCACUGAUUUUUAGGGUAAAAAGGGUUUAAGAGACAAAUCUCCCAAACCCCAGGGCUGACUCCUGCUUUCAGUUCCUGUGGGAGAAGCUGAGUGUCUCCUGGUAUGGCUGAUGCAGGUUUUCAUUAAUACUUUUCCAUUAAUUAGAUCCCUUUUUGUCCUUCCCAUCUGUGGGAAUAGCCAGUAGGCCGUGGAAAUGUUUCCAGAUGCAGAGGGGGACUCUGGCCACACACACAAAAUCUGUGCAUGUGAAUAUCAGGCUGCUAGCAGUCAUGGUAGGAACAACUCUGAAUCAGGGCCUGAUGGCCUUUAACCCAUAACUCACAUCUUGCUCCUUCCCUGGAGUCAAAGCUGUAAUUCUUAAGGAGGAGCAUAAUCCCAGAUUCAGGUGUUGGCUCAGAUCCAAGCUCCUGGGGCUGGAGACGUUCCUGUACCUUCUGCUGGAACAGCUGAGCAUCAGUCACUGGAGACCUGGAUGGGCAGGAUUCAGAUGGCCUGCUUCGAGCCUGCUGGGACCCACAUGCCUCAGAUAAGCUGAGUAUCACAGCCUUAGUGUAAGCUAGAGAAACAUGACUGGUUUUCUGCAGAUUUUGAACCCCCAACGUUACAUAUAGAGCCAGAAAAGGAAAGGAAAGGGGUUAAAUAUGGAAAGAAGGUUUUCAGGGUGUGAGUGAAUCUGCUUCCAUCUUGUCCCAUCUUGUCCCAAGCUUCCAGGGAAGCAGGACUUCAUGCAGGCACUAUCUCUGCAAAGACUGUGGAUCCAUCACCUUUUAUUGUUUUAUAUCAGUGCCAUUGCAGUUUCAUCUCCUCCAUUCCUGCUCCACAUCCCACCCUCUCCCUUCCAGUAGUACCAGUGCUCUUCCCAAAAUGAAGCAUACGUCUCUGAUAGUUUUGCUUUUGGGACCAACUCAGUGGUGCUGAUCUUAGCUAAUUUAGGCUGCUGUGGAACCAUACCUCAAAGCAUUUAGCUUUCCUGCCAAAUUCCAGCCACGGAACUCUGUUUGGCAAAAAUCCACUUGACAAAUUGUAUUUUUAAAAAAUCAGAAACUUGAAAAUUACUUUAAGAGCAAGAGAGUUUGCUCUUCAUUUUGCAGAAAUUAUUUUCUUAAGGAAACAAGGUCAUAAGCAUAGCCUGCUGUCUCAUUUACAAUAUUUCUAAGCUCUCAGACCAGCUAUUCAUGUGCACAACUUGCACAUAUAGUUAUAAAGCAGCCAUUGAGUAGUGAGAGUUACUGGUUUCUGUACCAGCUGUUAAUGUUCAAAAUCAGAAAGUCUUAUUAUUCAGCAUCUACCUUAAGUCUAGAAAACUUUUUUGCUGCUGUUACUCUUUUACAGAGGACUAACCAUGAAUGCUUUCUUCUGAAUGCAAGCGCUGUGCAUUUUCUUUCUGCCAGUAACUGGCGUGUGGAUUUCCUCUUACUCACACAUUCCCUGUCAGAAGUGCCAUUAAGUGUUGGAGCCCCUGGCAACCCUUCUGGAAUAUCUUAAUCUCUAACAGCAUUCACAGGUGCCUUAUUGCAGAGACUUGAAGGAACAGGUUUUUUUCAGUGAUAUUCCAUGGUGAAAUUGUCUGGAGCACAUGGCAUGGUUUAGGACAUGGCAGUGGCUGUUUCAUACCUCCUUUCCCAUCACUAGUCAUCAUCAUGGUGGGAGAUAAGCCACGGGCAGUGUUGCUGCUGGAGAAAUUUGCCUUAUACCAGUAACUGCUCUUCUCCAUAUACUGAGAUGUAUCUGUGAAAAAUAAAAAUUCUGUGGUGAUGGUAGUGUUUCAGUAUCAAGCACAAUAUUAAAAGCAAGUAAAGGUGCUAAUCAGUUGCAUAUAAAAUCUAAAACAGAAAAAAACAUAAAACAGGCAGCAGAAAUCAGGCCAAAAUGUGCUUACAGGAAGAGAUCCAAGAGGGCUUUUUUUUCUGGUACAGAUUGUUUUUGUAGUUUUAACCAUGUUUCAGAUUUGAAGGAGUCUCCAUUCAGUCUGCCAGAAGGAAUAAAAGAUGCAUCCAAAGGAGAAUCUGAAUGAUUUGUUUUGGCAUAGCUGACCUACAGUGUUCAAACAGAUGAUAACAAAAAGGAGAGUGAAGUUAAAAUGCUCACCAGAUCUACUUUGACAUGAGGCAUCUGAUAGAAGCAAACCUGCCAGGAUACUCUAAUACAAAAUGGUCUCAAAGGAAAAGAUCUGCUUAUUUUGCCAUUCAUUUCAAAGCCAGGACAGCACUGAGGAGCUGUCCUGCUGUCUGGGGCAGUGUCUCCCCUCUGCUGUUCCCAAAGGAACCACACCUUGGCAGCUGCCCACAGACUCUGAAACCAGAAGUGAGCAUGGGCAGGAUGAGGAGCCUCAAAUUUGCUUAAAUUGUGCAUUUAUUUUAACUGAAAAUUCUGGUGAACCUCUGGUAUUGUAUCUGGUAUCCUUAAACCACGGAGGUACAAGAAGAGGAAUCAAAAGUGUUUCUUGAGCCUAACCCACAUAUUGGAGUGUGUGCAUGACACUGGUGCUUUACACUGGACAGGAGUCUGGCCAUGUGUCUUCUGUAUGGAGAUGGACUCAAACAGUGAAGCAAUUUAAGGCCUAGACUCAAAAAAUAUGUAUUUUUUCUUAUCUGGAAUCAAUUUUAAACCCAUUGAAAAGGAGCUGGCUGUACAUCUCUGAUAGAAACCUGUAUGAGGUGCGAGGUUAAUAUCUCUUAGUUUUCAGUGGAAAGAUCCCUUGCUGACCUUCUAAUUCCAAAUUCCCAUGAUAUUCAGCAUCAGAUCUGGAUCAGCCAUCUACAGCUAUGGACUGCAGUGCCAGGCAUACUUGGGUCUAGGACAUUCAGCCUCCAAGGAAUUGUCUUUUACAGAAAAAGCUCUUCACCAUUUCACCAUUCUUUUUAAUAAAUAAAUAUAAUUUUUGAUGAAAA